GAUACUGCUUGUGUGUGUGUGAAGGGGUGUGAGAGAGCAGGAACAAUCGCAGGAGAGACAGACAGGCGGUGUGGAUACGCUUCUGAUCUUGGGUUUCUCACAUACAUUGAAGACUGUGUGUCAGACUGCUGCUUCACAUCAGAUAAAGACAAACACCGCUGAAGAGAACUGAUGGACAGAAUCUAUUAAAUCCACUGCUGAACAUCUGAAUCUCCAAGCAAACCUUCUCGGAAGCACAGAUAGGGACACCGAUACAGAGGCAUUAGAAGAAAGAUAAAGUAGACUGUAAAUAAAGAAAAGGAGGUUUGCCAAAGGAACGGGGUGCAGGACAGGUGGACUAGAGAAUGCAAUCAUGUAUUCUUUGCACGCACUGCCGAGAAGCAUCUCAAAACCUGGAUUGGCAAUGAAUUUUACGCCUUUUCUCUUAUUUGUGUUCAUCAGUCCAUUAAUGCGCUCUGGAGAAACCUUGUAGGUUUCAGAGGCCAAGGAAAUAUUGAGAUUUUUUGCAAGCUAAAACAGCAUUCAGGACCUCUUCUAAUCUCUUUGUUUCCUUCCUGCAACCAUUCAAGAGUGCAAGAGGUGUUUAUUUUUCAGAGGUCAAGGCAAAAGCACUAGUGUAUGUCAAAUUCAUGUUUCUAAGGUGGUGAUCUGCUGUGGCAUCUUUCCUGAUGUGUCCUGAUGAACCGGCCUUAGAGCAGCAGUGCUAUUGAUAAAAGUUCUAGCCAGAUUUAAUUGCAGAUUAUUGAAGUGAGUGUUCAGUGUUUAACAGAAGUUAUUGGAUCAGCGCUUAACUGUGAUUAAACACUGGUAAGGUCUGUUGCUUGAGAGAUUGACUUUAUUCCUCCAGUAUCUACACUUCCUAACGUUCCUAUUGCGAAAAGAUGCAAACUCCUUUUCAUCAAAAAACCAUGUAAUGUCAAUAUAAUUUAAGGACUGUGUGCUUGUACCCUGGAGCUUACUGUUACUGUUACAUUUCUUUGUUGUGUCAGAAGUCUUGUCAAAGUGGGGAUCAUUUGGCCCCUAGGGGUCCGGGUGACUACCCCGGCUCCGGCCCCCAACCCGAAAAUGCGGCGCUCUAGUACGGAUGAAACCCCUUACCGGCGCAGUCCCUCGCUGGACAGCAAGUUGGGCUCACCUCCUUUGCGUUACAGUGGCGAGUACGAAUAUCACAGCUCGCCAUUCAUCUUCGGUAUCCGUACCACGCCGGGCUCAAAGAAAGCUAAAGCCAGCUAUACCACCGUGCAGGGAAGGAAAUAUGUGGUAUUUUACCUGGAUCUGUCCUUCAUUUUCCUCCUAGAGCUGAGGCGCUGCAGGAUGGCUGAGGGCUGCCUGAGGGCCCUGCGAUAUGGGAUGGUCUUCUUCAACCUGCUCUUUUGGCUGGGUGGUUGUGGGAUUCUCGGAGUGGGAAUUUGGCUCUCCAUCACGCAGGGAAACUUUGCCACGCUGUCAUCCUCUCUGCCGUCACUGUCUGCUGCCAAUCUGCUCAUCGCUGUUGGCAGCAUCAUCAUGGUGAUUGGCUGUCUGGGUUGUGUGGGUGCAGUCAAAGAGAACCGGCCGUUACUCCUGAGUUUCUUCAUCCUGUUGCUGCUCAUAUUAUUACUGGAGAUUAUUUUCAUCAUUCUCUUCUUCACUUAUCAAGAUCAGGUCGAUCUGUACGCUCAGAGUGACCUAAAGAAAGGUCUGCAGCUCUUCGGCACUGAAGGCAACAUCGGUCUCACUAACGCCUGGAGUAUCGUACAAACUGAUUUUCGCUGCUGUGGCGUGACCAAUCACACCGACUGGUUUCAGGUGUAUAAUGUGUCGCGUGUGCCGGAUUCGUGCUGUCUGGAAUUCAGUGAUAACUGCGGUCUGGAGAAUCCUGGCACUUGGUGGACAGCUCCGUGUUAUGAACGUGUCAAGGGCUGGCUGCAGGAGAAUCUCAUCGCUCUGUGGAUUUUUGCACUGUGCACAGUGUUAAUACAGAUCCUGGGACUUGUGUUCUCCAUGACGAUGUUUUGUCACGCAGUGAAAGUGGACACGUUCUAUGCAUAGAGACCAGCGGCACCUCACAGGACCAAAUCCAUCAUUCUGUCACACGUACGUCAGUGUUUAUCACUGUGGCCAUCGAGUGUAAAGUUUCACUAACACACUGCUAUUGACAACGCAAUUUUAUAGUUUUGAAAGAACGAAACUAUUCUCUAAUUGCUCUUUAUUGUGAAUAACUAAUGGACCAUUUAUUUUCUUGUCCAUGUUUGAAAAACAAAAACAAAUAAAUCAUUUAAGAAAUCUUGCAGCUUUCAACAGGGAGAUCCAUAACUAAUGUCAUUAUUUUGCACUUGGAUCAUUUCAUCUAAAAAUGUAUGCUAUGUAACACAGCAAUUUCUAUUUAUUCAGAGUGAGUUAAAGGGCAAGAUAUUAAGAUCACAGUUUUGUAUAAUGACUUUAUGAAAAUAUGGGCUCAGUCUUUAUUAAAGGAACAAUUAAUGUAUUAAUACUGAUGUAGGUACAAGCACAACCAUUCAGGCUAUUCAUCUGUCAUUUCCCAUCUAGAAUGAGCACAAUUUAAAUGUUUGCUUGUAUACAGUGGCUGCAAGAAGUGUUUUGGCUUCAAAUGUGAAGUGUCGUUUUUAUGCUACUAGUGACAGACAGGUAGCCCCACCCCAAACAAAUUCCAUUAAUCGAGCCAGAGGUUGAAAUGUGGAGCUGCUCAAACAAACAGAGCAAUGUUUGAAAGCACAACAGACACUCUUAAAGAAGUCAGUCAACUAAUCGCAUACUUAUAGUUAACUCUCGACCCUGGUAAUCAGUAUAGUUAUUUAUAGUUCAUUUAAAUUAAAUAGGAUACUGGCAAAUGUUUUAACAUUUAACAAAAUUACCCAAAGCAGCUUUAAAGGUGCACUUUUCAAUAACUUUUGUCUUUGUGUCAUCUUGGGCUUACAGUGACAUCUAGUGAUGUGGAUGCAGCAUCAUUUAAAAAAUAAUCAAAAUAAAAUCGUUUUCCGUUUCAGAUUCACUAUUCAAAAUUUACUAUUCACAGUCAGCCAUGAUUACUUUAAUCAAUGAGUGAAAGUGUCAAAUAACAGAGCUAUUACUGAGCUUAAGAGAGUAGUAUUCGGCUGGUCAUGUGAUCAUAACAUGGCAGCCCCCAUGUGCGGACCCUCUCCAAGUAGAAUAAAACCGCUUUUAUAAUGUUUCUACAAGUUUUUAGAUGUAUUUAAGUGACUUGAAUGUCAUUGAUGUUUUCCAAAGCAAGAGUGAUCUACAAACAAAUACUGCUGGAUCUUUUGUCAGAAGUAACUUCACUUUCUCUGUCAUUGAAUGAACAGGUGUUGUGGUGAUUUUUGGUGGAUGUCUGAAGUCAGUUCUUUCAGUUCACACAGGUGGAGAUCAACACACUGACAAAUGCGAAGCGGCUUCAUUUUAUACACAAUAUCAGUUGUUGUAGCAUUUCAAAUCGAACAAACUUCUUUUUCUGAAAGGUUUUGUGUUUGGUUUCUUUCAAAUAAAUGACACUUGCUUAAAUAUUUUGUUCUAUAAUGUAAUGACAUUCAGACAUUUAUAAAUGUUCAAAUAUUUUUUGCUGCCACUGAAUGUUGACUGAUAACCUUAUGUUCAGUCGUGGAGAGAAAUUAAGAUCUGUUCAGAUAUGCACAGCAGGAUGAAAAAUAUCAAAUGUUCCGGGUUCAGUACAAGUUCAGCUCAAUCAACAGCAUUUGUGGCAUAAUGUUAAUUAACACAAUCAUUUAUUUUGACUCGUUCCACCUUGUCUUAAAAAAAAGCACAAAUCAAGGUUCCAGUGAGGCACUUACAAUGGAAGUCGAUGCGGCCAAUAUUUGGAGGGUUUAAAGACAGAAAUGUGAAGAUUAUAAUUUUAUAAAAGCACUUACAUUCAUUCUUCUGUUAAAACUAGAGCUGUAAAGAUGUUUAAAACAUCAUUUUUACAGUUGUUUUAGGGUUCAUGAUGUUAAUGAUCUGUGAACUUUAGUAAGUGACUUUAUCACUUAAAAUCAUGAUCAUGGUCAAACUCACAUGUUGUUUAUGUCUUGUGUCUUUUGGAACAGUGAGUAUUUGGAUGUUUACAGAUUAAACCCCAUUGACUUCCAUUGGAAGUGUCUCACUGGAACCCAGACUUUCGAUUGGAAGAUAAAUACAUUUUGUGGUAAUCAACAUUAUGCCACAAAUGCUGUUAAACUUAAAGGAACAAUUCACUCCAAAAUGAAAAUCCUCUCAUUUACAUCAUCAUCAUCAUCAUCAUCAUCAUUUACUCACCCUCAUGCCAACCCAGAUGUGUAUGACUUUCUGUCUUCUGCAGAAAGAAAAGAAUAUCUCCACUCUGUUGCUCCAUACAAUGCAAGUGAAUGAUGACCACAAGCUCAAAAAGCACAUACAGGCAGCAUAAAAGUAAUCCAUAUGACUCCAGUGUUUUAAUCUAUGUCUUCUGAAGACAUAUGAUAGGUGUGUGUGAGAAACAGAUCAAUAUUUAAGUUUUUAAUUUUUUUUAUAUAAAUCUGCACCUUUGACCAGUCCCAACCAGUAUGUGACUGAAUGUGGAAGUGAAAGUAUAGAUUUACAGUUAAAAAGGACUCAAAUAUGCAUCUGUUUCUCACCCACACCUACAGUAUCACAUCACUUCAGAAGACAUGGAUUUAACCACUGGAGUCAUAUGGAGAUCAUUUUUAUUGUUGGGUGAACAUUCCUUAACUUAUAUCUGUAAUGUUAGUAUUUUAAACAUGUUUUGAACAUUUAUUUCUUAACUCUCAACUGUCUGUCAAUUAAUGAGUAAAGAUUUCUUUCACACAAAAUUGGAUUAAUAAUGCAAAUAUAUAUAUAUAUAUUUCUAAAAUGAUGAGAAGCUAAACAUGCAACAUUGAGAGGUCAUGUGACAAUGUAGCAUACUACUGGUGGAAAUGUUAUUAUGGAAUACUGCAUACUGCUACACUCACCAUUUAAAUAAUUAUAUAUAUAUAUAUAUAUAUAUAUAUAUAUAUAUAUAUAUAUAUAUAUAUAUAUAUAUAGGAAGCAGUAUGCAGUAUUUACUGCACAGUAUUUAGCAAGUAGUAAUCAUCAGAAUUAAAUUCUGAAGACAACCUCAGUAAAAGAAAGUUACAGUCAUGUGACCUCCAUCUCUAAAAUGUACACCUGUGUGACAUGUAUUAUAAAAAUAAAGU